ACGUAAAACUUGGUUUCUUAAUAUAUAUUUUUUCUACAACUACUAUUUCUUUUUUCUGUCCAGAUUCUAGAAGAAACGAUGAUAAUAAUGGCAAUCCCUCUCAGAUGGAAUCAUCUUUUUCAAGACACAAGCCAUGUUUCUUCCACCAACCAAAGAAAUGUGUUUGUAAAACGAAAUCGAAUAAUAUGAAACCUUUAGAGAGCCUCAUGACUAAACUUUAUUCUGAUUUGAUUGUUAAAGAAGAUGAUAAAACAGCGAUCGAUAGAGAAACUUUGAGAAAUCAAGAUUUAGAUAAUAUUAUGUACGUAGUGUCGGAAUGGUUAGAAAAAAUACCAGUGUUCGCUAACUUUACUGCUUGUGAUAGGAGGAAACAGGAAGAAAUGGCUCACAGAUUAGCAAAAAACCUAAGUAAAUUAAAAAAUCAAAAAGAUUUUGUUCCAAAGGCUAAGUUAGAAAUAAUGGAGUACCUCAAUUCUUCACCUAUUUGGCAACCUACUGAAUUAUCGGCGAAAAAUCAGUUCUUUGAAACCCUUGUUUUCGAUCUAAUCCAGAGGUUAAAUAAUAUGUUUGGUCAAGAAGUAGAACAGAAUAUAGCUAAAAUAUUGUCACGUUUACCCUACAAAGAAGGUGUUGAUAUUAAAAAAAUACAGGAAGAUUUUAUAAGUACAGUCAAACCACAAAUUUUACAAAUACCAAAAGGUGAUAGUAAAUUUAAAAGAAUUAUGAAGCCAAAGGUUUUGAAUAUGCUUAGAAAAUUACCAGUUCAAACUACAGUCGAAAAUUUACAUGAAUUAACUGACGAGAUUGUCGACCAUUUAUCAAAACUUCACGAGAGUUCUCAAAAACACGAGACAGUUAAUAACGAUGAAAAAUUUAAAGAAAAUAUUAUGAAUUUCUGUGAGAAUGUGCCAGAAUUAGCGAACAUUAAUUUUUCUGAUGAUUUCUAUUUGAUAGAUGAGCUUGUAAAUAAAUUUAAAGAAUACGAAAAUGAAAAUCUUAACGAUGAAGAUGUAAAAGAAAAAUUGACGAGUGAAGUUCAAAACUGGUUGAAUGAUGUGGCCCGAACAAAGAAUAUACGAUUAAACUCUGACACCAAAAAUCAACUUAGCAUUAAAAUGCUGGAGCAUGUUUUGGGCACAGAUUAUAAUGAGGAUGAAAAUAAAUUUUCGGAUUUCACUAGCAGCCAAGUAUUUUUAGAGCCUUUGCAAAAAUGGUUUUUUAAAAUACCUCAAUUCGAAGGCGGCUAUAUUGCGGAAAAUAGAAAAGACCUUGCUAAGUUGGCCAAGGAUCUAAAAGAAAUUCAUUCUCGUAAACUGUCUAAAGAAAGUACUAAUGCAAAUAUGAAGAACUUAAUAUAUGAAUGGUUACAAAAUAAGUUCGUAGAGAAAGGAAAACAUGUAGAGUCGAAAGAUUUGGAUAAUCUUGUCAAUAACAUAUUAUCAGAUUUAACAGAAAAUCUUAAAAGAAGCCAGAAAACAGAGGAGGAAGAUAGCCAUUUAGAUCAAGAUAAGGAUAUUAUGAAAUUAUUAAAUAAAUUUAACAAUAUUCGCAGAUCGUUUGACAGCACAACUCAAAUAAAUGAUGCUGUAUCAGAAUUCAUACAGUCCUUAUCAGAGAAUGUCGGUGUAGAUGUUGACGAAGGGGAUGUGAAAUUGUUGAAAGAUAAAUUGUUCGCACGAUGGAGGCAGACUUCUAAAAAGAGGAAGCGUUGGGAUAAACUUAAAGAGUCAUAUCCAACAAUACAAUCUAAAAUCAAAGAUGUAUUAAAAGAAUAUCCGAACAGUUUAGGAAAUAGCAAUUUCGAUAAUAUUGGAGAUAAAAUUUUCGACGCAAUAACAAAAAAUAUUAAAGAAAACAGUUUACUCAAUUUGGAUGACUUAAAUUACGAAAUAAAAAAUGUCCUCAGACAAGAAACAGAAUUAAUGAAAUCUGAUCAAGAAGAUUUGGCAAAUCGAAUAUUUGCUAAAUUACAAAAAGUCCUUCCUCAAGAAGUGUUUCGGAAAUCCCGUGAAUUCGGAUCGGAUAUGGAAACAUCAGCUGAGAAUAGCUUAGAACCAAAGAAAAAGCUGAAGAAACAAAAAAGUCCUAGAAGUUCAAGUAUUGAAGACGGUGAUGAGAAAUAUAAAAUUCAAUACGGUCGUAAGAUGAAUUUUCAAGCGGGUGAUGUGCAAAAACAUCCGAAGCAUUCUAAAACAUUGUCAACCAUUUAUCAAAGCAGUCAUUCAGAUCUGAAUGUCCAAAAUAGUAUAGAUUAUUCUGGCACUAGCUAUAAAAAUCGUGGAGAUAAAAAAUCUUUAGCAUUCAACAAAAAUAAAAACAUCCGUUCUUCAACACCUAUAUCUACUAAGACGCAGAAUAAAACAGCAUAUGUUGCUACUGAUUCAUCUACCGAAAAUUUCACAGAGAGCUCAGGAAAAAAGACUCUGGUUAGAGAAUUAUCAGAAGCAACUAAAUAUUAUACCAGGAUUAAGAAUAUUGCAAUGGACUGGCUUAAAAAUAACGAACUGAUCAAUACGGCUGAUCUGAAUUCCGAUGAAAUAGUCAGCAGCAUAGCGUCUGACUUCGUGGAACGACAGAAAUAUUUACAACUAUCGGGAAAAGAAUAUUCCGAGAAUGACGAACUCGAACAUUUGAAAUAUCAAAUAUUUAGGAAAAUAAAUAAAAUGACCAGCUAUGAUAAGAUUCCGCAAAUUUUGUCCGAAAUAAAUGGUCUUCAUAGUCUUAUGAGGAAAGUCAGCACUCCGAAAUUGGUGAUGUCUGAAAAAUCCAAGCUAGACAAUUCAAAUAUAGAUCACGACAGCAUGUUCAACGUAAUAAAGGAGUGGCUGAACAGUAUUUCUCCAAAGUUAUUAAAGGACAGUAACAUUAAAAAUAAGUUGAAUUUAGCAAAAAAAAUUGCUAACAAGUUAGAAAAUAUUGAAAAGGAUGGUAGUCAUGAUUACGAAAUGCAAAAGGAAAUAUUAAUAUGGCUGCAGAAUAUUUUGAAUAUUGAUGUGGAUAAAACAUCUCAUGACCGAACCGAAAGUGCUCAGACUCAACCUAACGACUUGACUUCUACCAAAAUAUUAGAACAAAAAUCUAGUACAGAUGUUGAUGAAACUAUUUUAGAGUCUAUAUUAAAAUGGAUAAAAAACACUUCGUUUCAUAAAGUCGCCUCUCCAGAAGAAAAAGAUUUGCAAAAAAAUUUAGCAUUAUUUUUGGCUACAAAUCUAAAAAAUAUUUUAAAAGACACGAAUAUUAACGAUGACGAGAGAAAUGACCUUUUAAUGGAAGAAGUCCAAAAAUAUUUGAAAACUAUUAUAAAUGAGGAUAAAUUUAAAAAUAAUACCUAUUGUACGAAAGCUGCAACUGAACUUAUUAAUAAUAUAAAGAAGAAGUUAAUUGCAGAAAAUAAAUUACCAGAGACAAUCACGGAAUCCAAUAAUGAGGAUAGUUUUAUUGAAAAUGAAAAUUUAAUACGACAAAUCGUAACUUCAUGGUGUGAUAGUCUUCCAAUUCAUUUAGGACACGACGCUAAAAGCAAAGAAGAGGCAGAAAAACUGAAACAGGAGAUAGCGAAACAAAUUUUAGAGAAUUCAAAUAUAUUGAAUCUUGAUAGCACAGGUUCCGAUAUCCCAUUGAAUGUCAUGAUAUCGGAUGAAAUUGAUAAAAUAUUUUAUAAAGUGCCCAUGAAUAGAGAAUUAGAGAAAAGCUUACCCGUUUUGAAAUCCAUCUUGAUAGACAAAAUAGUAAAGGCAAAAACUGAAACUAAUAUAGAUAAUAAAAAUGGAUUACAGGAUACACUUACUGAAACCCUCCAAGAAAUAGAAAAUGUUUCAGACCUAGACAGCUCAUCGUUUGUUUUACUAAAAGAAAAGUUGGUUAACGCAUUUUUAGAUCUGCAUUAUGACGAAUGUGUUGACGAUGCAUUUCGGGAUAAAUUAAAAUAUGAAUUGGGAAAUGUAGUUCAUAAUUUUUGUCACGAAUAUCUGCAACGUAAUCCAUCCAUGCCGCUAGACACAGACCAGCUGCGACACAAUUUGUCUGAUACCUUGAAGAAGGCCUUGAAAAUAAGACGCAGUGAUAGGAUUAAAAAGUCCUCUACACACUCAGUAACUCAAUUCUUACCAAGUUCAUCUUUAAGUCCUAAAGACAAAGAUCAUUUAGAAAGAAUACGAAAAAGAGUCACUAGUUACCAUCAAAAAGAUAGUAUUGUGAUUCCAACAAGGGGUUUGUGUUGUCAUUCAAAAGAUAUAGAAAUACAAACUGAUCUUGAAGUUACCGUGGAAGAAUACACACAGACGUCAAAAACAUUGUUGACUGAGACCGGAAGUUUUAAUAGAGAAAUAUUCCCGCAAGUUGUUAUCAAAGAAUAUUACUGGGAUUCAAAUGGAUCAAAGCAAAGCUUACAAAUGUUUGGACCACCAGAAGUGUCGACCCCCAAAAGCAUGCCUAAGAUGAAAGAAACGAGGAAUUCUCAAAACCAAACUGAGGUAAAGCUGAUUAAUAAGUACAGAAAAGUGCACAUUUCACAGCAAUUCCCAGAUACAAAGACUGUUACAGAAACAACGUCGACAUGUGGACCUAGAUGUCAAAAUGUUCCAAUGCUGCCACCACUUAGAGAGUUGAUAGACAGACAGCAACAAAGAGAGAAUAUUUCGGAACAACGAAGUUGCAACAGGAACAAGAAUGGAUCUUUAAAUAAUAAUAUAAACGGGACGUGCUGGUGGGAACAGCCAGGCAUCCUUGAACACCCCAGACACGGUAGUGGGAGGCGAACUUUAGAAGAUUCCGUAACAUUACCAGAUGAUAGAAUAGUUUUAAGAAGGAGAAUGUGCUUUACUGCGGACAAUAGAAGUAAAGAGCAUACGUGUUGUGAUCGCAACGCAAGUUGGAGAUUAAGACCGAACACAUGUAGGGUACCGAAUAGAUGCAGUAAUAAAGCAAGACAUUGUUCAAAAUGUUCAGGAGGUGUCUGCCCACAUCCAAGCCUCGCGUUCUUUUCGAAAGAAUUUUAAUGUUUAUUUUUGUAUUGUGUUUUAUGAAUAUAUAUUUUAUGAAUCA